AUUUUAUAAAAUACUUGUUCCGACUGGUGAUACCAUGCGCUAUGAAUAUGUAGUAUCAAAACUUUUAUCUGAAGAUUAUCCCGUAAUGCUUGUUGGAAAUGUUGGCACGGGAAAAACAUCAACUGCAGUGAGUGUAAUGGAAUCAUGUGACAAACACAAGUUCUGCGUUCUGUCCGUAAACAUGUCUGCACAGACUACUGCAGCUGGGCUACAGGAAUCAAUAGAAAAUCGAACUGAAAAACGUACGAAAACACAAUUUUUACCUAUAGGUGGUAAAAGAAUGAUAUGCUUUAUGGAUGACUUCAAUAUGCCUGCCAAAGACACUUAUGGGUCUCAACCACCAUUAGAGCUAAUACGGCAAUGGAUUGAUUAUAAAUAUUGGUUCAAUCGCAAAACACAGCAAAAAAUAUAUGUCCAAAACACCCUGUUGAUGGCAGCUAUGGGUCCUCCUGGUGGCGGGAGACAAAUGAUUUCAAGUCGUACUCAAAGUCGCUUUGUCUUAUUAAAUCUAACUUUUCCUACUCAGGAAACAAUAGUCCGAAUAUUCGGUUCCAUGCUUAGGCAAAAACUGGAGAUCUUUUCGAACGAAGUUCGUGAGAUGUGGCUUCCGAUAACACAAUGUACCAUUUAUUUAUAUGUAGCUGUUAUUGGUAAAAUGCUGCCAACACCAAAUAAGUCGCAUUACCUAUUUAAUCUUCGAGACAUUUCAAAAGUUUUUCAAGGUCUUUUAAGAAGUUCACAGGAACUACAAACUAAAAAAUCAUUUUUCUUGCGUCUAUGGAUACACGAGUGUUUUCGCGUUUUUUGCGAUCGACUUGUUGACGAUACAGAUUAUCUUUGGUUCCUGAAUACAAUUAAUGAUACUUUAGGAAAACAUUUUGAAGUUACUUUCCAUAGCCUUUGCCCUUCGAAGCUACCUCCACUUUUUGGCGACUUUGUUCACCCACAAGGUUUUUAUGAAGAUCUUGAAAUUGAUGCCUUGCGAACGUAUAUGAAAGCUCAAUUAAAUGAGUUUAACAAUUUUCCAGCGAUGACACGUAUGAACCUCGUUUUUUUUAAAGAAGCUAUUGAACAAGUUGUGCGGAUACUGAGAGUGAUUUCGCAACCGCGUGGCCAUAUUCUUAAUAUGGGUAUAGGUGGCUCAGGCCGACAAGUACUUGCCAAACUAGCCGCAUUUAUUUUAGAAAUGGGAAUAUUUCAAAUUGAAGUAACAAAAAAAUAUAAGACAAGCGACUUACGCGAAGAUUUAAAAAAUCUUUAUAAGUUAACAGGAAUAAAACAGCGUACAACGAUAUUUAUUUUUAGUAGUGAACAAAUAGCUGAGGUCUCUUUUUUGGAAAUAAUAAACAAUAUGUUAAGUACUGCUGAAAUAAACCUUUUCAAGUCUGAUGAGUUUGAUGAACUUAAAAGUGAGCUCGAACGACCAGCAAAAAAAGCUGGAAUUGUAAUAACAACGGAAUCAAUGUACUCAUUUUUUAUGCUAAAUGUACGCGAUUUUAUGCAUAUAGCACUUUGCUUUAGUCCUAUUGGAGAAAAUUUUAGAAGCUACAUAAGGCAAUAUCCAGCUCUGCUAAGCUCGACAACUCCGAAUUGGUUCAGACUAUGGCCACAAGAAGCUCUUUUGGAAGUAGCUUCUCAUUUUAUGCACGGAUUUAAGCUUAACGUUCUUGUUCCAGGAAAAGAGGAUGAAAAAAAUCGUGAUAGCUUAGUUAUUACUACGGAGAGUGUACUUCAUCGAGACAUUGCACAUGCAUUUUCUAUUAUUCAUUCAAGUGUUGUAAAAAUGUCAGACCUAAUGUUACAGCAAGUUAAGAGGUAUAAUUACGUAACAUCACCAAACUAUUUACAACUUGUUAGCGGUUUCAAGGAGCUCCUUGAAAAAAAACGUUUGGAAGUAUCUACGGCAGCCAAUAGAUUACGUAAUGGCCUAUCAAAAAUUGCCGAAACGCAGGAAAAGGUUUCUUUAAUGUCAGAGGAGUUAAAAAUUAGUUCAGAACAAGUUAAAAUACUUGCUAAAGAAUGUGAAGAGUUUAUAUCAAUGAUUGAAAUACAAAAGACCGAGGCAACUGAGCAAAAGGAAAAGGUUGAUGCGGAAGCUGUGAUAAUUAGACGGGAAGAAGUAAUUUGUCUCGAUUUGGCCGCCACGGCACGUGCCGACUUAGAAGUGGUAAUGCCCAUGAUAGACGCUGCCGUAAAGGCAUUAGAUGCUCUUAAUAAAAAAGAUAUUGCUGAAGUUAAAUCAUACGGACGCCCCCCAAUGAAAAUUGAAAAGGUGAUGGAAGCAGUUUUAAUACUACUUGGAAAAGAACCCACUUGGGAAAACGCUAAGAAAGUAUUAAGUGAAUCGACAUUUCUAAAUGACCUUAAGAACUUUGACCGUGACCACGUGUCAGAUAAAACUCUUAAGAGAAUUGCCAUGUAUACAAAAAAUCCGGAACUAGAACCAGAUAAGGUAGCUGUUGUGUCAGUUGCUUGUAAAUCUUUGAUGCAAUGGAUAAUGGCAAUAGAAAACUAUGGAAAAGUUUAUCGAAUUGUGGCUCCUAAGCAAGAAAAACUAGAUAACGCUAUAAGGUCACUUGAAGAAAAACAGGCAGCGUUAGCAGCAGCUAAAAAAAAACUUGAAGAAUUACAAGCAGUUAUUGAAGAACUGUAUCGGCAAUUGAAUGAAAAAACCCAACUUCUCAAUGAACUGCGAGCGAAAGAAGAGCGUCUGCGAAAACAAUUAGAACGAGCUAUUAUCUUAGUAGAAUCAUUAUCUGGAGAACGAGAGCGUUGGAUAGAAACGGUUGCUCAGUUAGAUCUUUCAUUCGAAAAGCUUCCUGGAGAUUGCUUGUUGUCUAUAGCAUUUAUGUCAUAUUUAGGAGCAUUUGAUACAAAGUACCGGGAAGAUUUGUUAUCCAAGUGGUCACAGUUAAUUAAAGAUCUUCUUAUACCGGUUACAUCAGAAUUAAAAAUAACAACUUUUCUUAGUGAUGCUGUUUCCAUCCGUGAAUGGAAUAUACAAGGUCUGCCAGCUGAUGACUUAAGUACAGAAAAUGGUGUAAUAGUAUCACAAGGAAGUCGCUGGCCUCUUGUUAUUGAUCCGCAGAUGCAAGCGAAUAACUGGAUUAAGAAUAUGGAGGAACUUAAUCAGCUUAUAAUUAUUGACUUUGGGAUGAUUGAUUAUAUUCGUCAAUUGGAACGAGCUGUUAAAGAAGGGCUUCCAGUUUUAUUGCAAAAUGUUGGAGAAAAUUUGGACCAAGCCAUUAAUCCAAUACUUCGUCGAAGUUUCACCAUACAGAGUGGUGAAAAACUACUCAAAUUUAACGACAAGUACAUUUCCUAUAACGAUCAAUUUCGAUUUUAUAUAACAACAAAGAUAGCAAAUCCUCACUAUCCUCCUGAAAUUUCAUCUAAAACCACUAUAGUUAACUUUGCUCUAAAACAGGAUGGGCUAGAAGCACAACUAUUAGGAAUCAUAGUGCGUAAAGAAAAACCGGCGCUGGAAGAACAAAAAGAUGAGCUGGUUUUAACUAUAGCCCGUAACAAACGAACUUUAAUUGAUCUUGAUAACGAGAUACUUCGUUUACUUAAUGAGAGCCGAGGUUCAUUAUUAGAUGAUGAUGAACUCUUCUCAACAUUGCAGAAAUCCCGGCAAACUUCUGUACUGGUUAAGGAAUCUCUUACUAUUGCCGAGGUUACUGAGGUAGAGAUUGAUGCAGCUCGUCAAGAAUAUAAACCAGCAUCAGAACGUGCAGCUAUUUUAUUCUUUGUGCUAAUGGACAUGUCAAAAAUUGAUCCCAUGUAUGUCUUUUCAUUAGCAGCUUACAUAUUACUCUUCACACACUCUAUUGAACGAAGUCCUCGUAACCAGUUGGUACAUGAGCGGAUACAGAAUAUUAACGACUAUCAUACAUACUCGGUAUACCGUAAUACAUGUCGAGGACUUUUUGAAAGACAUAAGCUUUUAUUUUCAAUACAUAUGACAGCCAAAAUACUUUCAAAUGCCGGAAAACUUAUGGAAGACGAGUACGAUUUUAUAUUAAAAGGUGGGAUUGUUUUAGACAAACAAGGGCAGGCUCCUAAUCCGGCACCAUGGUGGAUUAAUGAACAAAACUGGGACAAUAUAACAGAAUUGGAUAAAGUAUCUGGGUUCCAUGGAAUAAUAGAUUCUUUCGAGCAGAAUGUUAAAUCUUGGAAUGGUAGUUUGUAAAAACUUUUUUUUAAAACCAUGCUCCGGAUACUGAAAAUCGAAAAACUAACGAAUUUACUACUAUUUAAAUCGCUCAAUAUUAGAACAAAAACGAUU